AUGGCAAGUAGGCGUACUAACAACAACACUACUCAUCAGCAUCACACAGGCGUUCAUCGUGGACAUGUUGUACAUCAUCUUGGAGGCAGAUCAGUGUCUAGACGGCGUAAUGUAAUUAAUCGAGCUAGGAAUCGAUCAGAAAUUAGUUUUUGUGUGAAAUAUACAGUUUUUGGGUUGGUUUUUUUUAUUUUUAUUAAUUUUUAAAAAUUUUUUAAAAUUAAUUUGUGGGGGAAAUAGGUAAUCCUUAGAUCAUUGGUCCCUAGAAAAAAUAGUAAAAAAUGCUCCUUCGAUAUUUUUGAGGCUGACAGUAGGAAAAGACUUUGGUUGACGUCCCCUUCUUUUUCCUUCACUUUUCCCUGACCAUUUUUACCAAUGUUUCCUCCCCCUCUGUUUC